UCUACUAAGAUACACUGAUAAUGAAAGUUUUAUUGACGAAAUAUGUAUGAUAAGUAAACAAGCUUUGACGUCUGAAUUAUAAAUAACUUCAGUUGUGUAACAUAAAUUAGCUUUAAGACUGCAUUAUGAAAUAAACACUAGUUGAAUACAUUUUGUGAUGGGAUAAAUCCUUUCUUGAAAUUUAAUAAACAUAUAAGCAAGGAAUUUAAAGAGCCUGAAUGAAAUGAUUAUAUUUGUUUAAGGAGAUACAAACCUUAACACAAUUUUGUUUUGAAACUGCUUGACAAAACAAACAUAUACCUCGCUUUCAUUUCAACAUUGUAGUUUUUUGUUUUAAGAUAGGUGGGAAACAGUGAAGGAAUUGUAAAAUAAAAGUGACAACAAAUAAAACCGUUACAAUGUUAAGGAAAUCCGAUGAUUCAAGAGAGAACAGAAGCGGAAUAAAAUACUUGUUUCUAAUAGCAUGUUUGUGUCAGUUAAUAGAUGUUUUGGAAGCGAAUGUUUCGUUAACAGCAUAUGGCGACAUUGCUUCAGAUGGACGUCUUAAAUGUAAGGGACAAUGUGUGCUCGUCUGUAAAGUCAAGCCAAACUCAUUUUCUUUUACAUGGGAAAUAAACAAAGAAAUUGCUUUUGAAUGUAUCAAUAAUAUAUGUAACACUCAUGGGACAUAUUAUAGAUUUUCAUUUGAUAGUGCUCAUGGCAUAUUUAACAUCUCAAUGGACAAGAUAACAUAUGCUGACAAUUUUAAGCAGUUUAAGUGUGAUGAUGGAUAUGAGUCAGCGUCAUUUACUGCAAGAAUUAAAGUGAUACCAGAAGCUAGCGCUACAACAAUAACGUCGUCAAGUGAUUCAUCGUCAACUACUACUAUUAAAGUAACGACAGGUUGCCUGUCGCCUAGUGCAAGUGUCUCUUUUACAUGGUACUAUGUUAAGGAAGGCCAGAUACCAGUUUUAUUUGAGGAAAGGCUACCAUUAGAAUCAACUGACGAAUAUGGCUGUAUAAAUGGAUAUUGUGGAGGAAAAGGGGUUGUCAAGGUUACCAGUAGAUUGACCAUUGACGAAGAUCCCGAUGGGGAAUAUUAUCAGUUUAAAAUUUUGGUCAAUCAGACUGAUGCAACAGAGUUUUAUAUUAAAACAGAUCGUAGAUUUAAACUAAAAGGGAAGGAGAACAACAAAAUUACAACUCAUGCCAUAAACGUUGUUCGGGACGGAAGUAAAAGAGUACAGACCGAAACAAGUUGGUUGAUGCUGGUCACGUACCUCUGGAUAAUAUCACAAUAGUGCCUCAUGUAGUCGAAAACGUCGCUAUCAAAGCGUUCGGAACACGCGCUAUUUUAAAUAAUUAUUUUAAACAUAUGUAUAGUAUUACAUGUUUUUAUCUUUUUGAAAAAAAAAUUACUCCUUCAAAAAGUGAAAAAAAUUUUGAGGGAUAAAUGAAACCACAAAAAGUACCUAUUUUGUCAAUAAAAAUUCAAACGUAUACAGUUGAACUAAUCUUGAAAGAGACACACGUUGUUGGCAGGAUAGAAACAUGAGCAUGAAAUAUAUUCCCGUGGCUAUGCGACCUGAAAAAGGUGCUAUUCGUUGGUACACAUGUGACACUUUUAUGGGAUAAUGUUUUUUCAUAAAACAGAAUAAAAUACUAGUGGUGGCAUUAAAGAGAUUUGUUGUUUGUCACGUCAUGUAAAGAUGUGUUUCAUUACAAUUUAUGUUUUGCUUAAGCUUUUUCACUUACUAGUCCUCCUUUUCGUUUCAUAACUGAACUCUUUAUUUUU